AUGGUUAAGGCAGAGAACGCGACGCUCUGGGACAACUUCCACCUGAGUAUCUCCCGUGACGAGCUGUACGGCGGCGAGGACCCUACCGUCAACAGGCUCCUGCAGCAGGUGGCCACUAUGCCCAUCAGCCACAUCAGUCAGAAGGAGGGAGGUACACAGCUCAAGCUCAUUAUUGAGUUUAUCGACGGUGGCCACUCUCUCUUCAAGCCCAUGAGGUUCCCGCGGGAGCAACAAACUCUUAAAAAUCACUUCUACUUCACCGACUUCGAGAGACACAACGCUGAGAUCGCCGCCUUCCACCUCGACAGGUUAUUAGGUUUCCGGCGAGCUGUGCCCAUAGUGGGUCGUAACGUCAACAUAACGCGGGAGUUGUACGCUUUGGCCCAGGGUGACCUCCUCAAAACCUUCUUCAUCUCCCCCGACAACAAUCUCUGCUUCCAUGGCAAAUGCAGCUACUACUGCGACACGGCCCACGCCAUCUGCGGUAGCCCUGACAUGUUGGAGGGAUCUUUCGCCAUCUUCCUGCCGGGGAAGGAAGCGGCGCCCCGUAAGGUGUGGCGGCACCCGUGGCGCAGGAGCUAUCACAAGAGACGCAAGGCCCAGUGGGAAGUUGACGACGACUACUGUGAAUUGGUUAAGGAAGUACAUCCUUAUAAUGAAGGUCGUCGACUUUUAGAUAUUAUGGAUAUGUCUGUGCUCGACUUCUUCAUGGGCAACAUGGAUCGACAUCAUUACGAAACGUUUAAGAUGUUUGGUAACAACUCGGCACCGCUACAUCUGGACCAUGGGCGAGGGUUUGGUAAGGCCUUCCAUGAUGAGGUAUCCAUCCUGGCGCCUGUCUACCAGUGUUGUGUGAUCCGACAUUCUACUCUCGCUUCCUUAUUAAGGUAUCACAGGGGCCCUCAUCACCUGAGUGAAGCCAUGCGAGCAUCAUUAAGCCUCGACCCAGUCAACCCAGUGUUGUGGGAGCCUCACCUAGUUGCCUUGGAUCGAAGGCUUAAUAUUAUUCUCCAGAUAAUGAGGGAGUGUGUAGAAAAGGCUCAAGAUCCUCUACAUGUUGUUGUUAAUGACUUCCAUUAAAUAAGUGAGAUGUACGUGAUCUGUAUUUGGGAAACACAAGAUUUACUCACCCCAGGCUUGUCUGGAUUAAAAGUACCAAUACACAUUAAACUCAGAUUCAGUUGUUAACCGAACAGUUUAUGAGCAAGUGAUAUUCCCAACAUGAACAUUACCAUGACAAUAUAUAUAUAUAUAUAUAUAUAUAUAUAUAUAUAUAUAUAUAUAUAUAUAUAUAUAUAUAUAUAUAUAUAUAUAUAUAUAUAUAUAUAUAAAUUUAAUAUGUGAAGAGGGGCAAGGUGGUCAAGUGAAUUUAGCACUCACCAUCCUGACUCAAUGGUCACCGGUUUGAAUCCUGCAGCCGGCCACUGAGUGGGGCACCCCCAGUUGACCCAGCUGCAGAAUGGGUACCUAACUUUACAGUUGGGGCAUUGAAAGGCUGUAGAGUGUAGGCCGGCCAUGCUGUCUCCUUGUGUGCUGAAAGGCUUAGUUUUCAGUGUGCUGUAUCCACACUGCCCCAUUUUGGCCACCAGGCCUAUGGGGACCCACUUUCACUAAUAUGUGAAUAAUGAACAAUUAGCUGUGAAGUCACUGAUUUAUAUUUGGUAAUAUUUAUGUUGAAAGUGUUACUGAAGAAAUACUGUAACUGGUAUUGUCCAACACUUCACUACUACAAAAGAAGUUAGUGUGUGUGUGUGCUUGAGGUGAUGGGUCCUGCUCUUUCUUUGGUUUGCACAACGUUUAAGAAACUCAUGCUCACUGGUGUUAUAUAAGAUGGAUAAAUACUCUGAAAUUAGAGCAAAGUCUCUCAAAUGUGUACAGUACUUGGGAUACAAUUUUGGAAGUACUGUAAGCUUAAAUUCUACCUACAAAUUUCCAUAGAUUUAUUUUACUGUAUUUGUAUUGGUACGAUAUGUGGUGCUAAUACAUCUAAUGGAAAGCGAGUUCUAGUGUGACAAGAGUGAGGUAGACCAAUGACUUCUGUGGAAAAUGAGAAGAAACCAAUGGGAAGAACAAUAUGCUCUCUGAUACACGAGCAUUUUAUACAGUACAGUACAUCCAGGAAGUCGUAACAGCAUAUACAGUACUGUACAGAUUAACGAACUGGUCAUUGCUGAUUAUUUUGUAACAAAUUAUUAUAUGUUUAUUAAUGUAUUUUGAAAAAGUAUUAAAAUAAUACUGUUAUUUUGCCUUCAUAGAGUACCAGCAAUGUUAAUGUGUUCAUAUCAUUUUUAUUUAUGGAAAUAAUUUUUUUUAAAUAGAUUUGUUUAUUCUUGUAUGAAUUUAUAAACAUUUCUGAUAACUGAUAUUACAAAGUACUGUAUACCGUACUCAUUUUCUAUAACAGGAAUUAGUAGGUAUGUAAUGUUAACGUUAUAUAAAGCCUUCCGUUAAUAAUUUAAGACAUAUUACUGUAUGGUAAUAGGCAGCUGAGACAAGUUAGUGAAGACUUUGGCAGUGAAGUAGGUGCAUUAUUUAUUGUAUACCUGUUCAUAUGUGGUAAUGAUAUGCAUUUAUCCUGAGAUGAGAAAAAUGAAGAGAAGUUUUCAACAUUUAAUUGUAAAUUAAAUGAAGUUGUUGAUUUCUUGCAGGGUUUUAGGUUGUUUUAUUCUGAAGUGUUAAGCGAAUGUUGUGGUUUCCUAGUUUUUAUAUUACAGUACCAGUAAUUAACACGUCUGAGUAAGUGAACAUGUUAACUUCCGAAGCUCAAAUGUUUUACUUAUAAGAAUCCCUUUAAAUUUAUCCUUGAUUAUACUGUACGUAUAUUGUUAAAUAUGGCAAAUAUAUUAAGUUCAGCAGAGGCAGAAUGCAGUGUGUCAAAUAGGUACUGAAUGUCUUAUUACUCAAGUCAGGUGUUACAAUACUGUACAUACAACAUUUGAAACAAGCACAGCAGUUUACCUAUUUCCAGAGGCAGAUAUUUAGAGGAGUUUGCCAUAGUUUAUAUAUUUUUUCAUUAACUGAACACAGGCUUUUAAAUUUAUAUUUGUUGCAAAUUAUCAUUAUUUUACAGUCUAAUAUUGUGGAAUUUUAUAUGAUACCAGUACAGUACUGUACUGUGGAAUUGAAUCUUCGCAAACAAACAAAAAGGAAUAACAUAAAAAAUACAGUACAGUAUACAUUAUGUGAAUUGUGGUGUGAUCACCCAAAGUGUUAAGUUAACUAACUUGUAAUUUUUUUUAGAUUUGUUAAUGCAGUUAAUGCAGUUCUCGCAUUACCUGAAAGCACUAAAAUGAACAGUUUUGUGUUUUUAUUGGAUACAAGUGUAAGGAUUUAAAAUAUUUACUCACAGGAAUCCUUUACUUAUACAGUAUACUGUACUGCUACAUUAUGUAUACAGUAAAGGUAUACUGUACAUACUGUAUACAGUCUACUGUAUAUUUUUUAAUUAUUUUCAGGAUAGGGAAAACCUUAGCUUGAAAACAGAAGAGUAAGAAUUAGGAAGAGAUACAGAAGUAAAAAAUAAAUCUCCAUAAAUAUAAUUUGUAUACGAUUGAAGAAAAAAAAAGUCGGUUAAAAAGUACUGAUUGUAAGAAUAUGGAUGAAUGAUUUAAGUGGUAUAAUAGCCAAAAUAUAUACUGUACUGUAAUGUAUAUAGAAGAUUUUUCAUUGCAGUAUUUUCUAGCAAAGUGUAUUUUUGAGAUGUGUUACAGUACCUUUGGUUAUACUGUAGUACAGGUACAGUAUAAGUACUGUACUGUAUGUACUGUACAUGAAUUAUGAUUACUUAUCAUUAUUCUUUUUAUUUAUUUAUAAUCUUUUCAGUCUUUUUUAGUAAAUUAGUACAAGCUGUACUCCAGGUAACUACCUUGUCAUCCUUAUACAGUACUGUACUGUACCUUACUGUACUGUACUGUAUAGGAAAUAAGCAGCCAUCUUGACUUACAAUAUGCUGGUCAAUAUAGAAUCCUCUUCAAAAAAAGCUUGAGACUGCAUACCUGUGCACAAUUAUUUUUACUGUAUUUAUCUUUUAAUGGAGAAAAUUUUUAAGCAAUCUUUGGUGAAAGAUUUUAGGUUUUUGUUUUCUAAGGUAAUAACUGUGUGCGAAAAUGUAUCUCUUGACAUAUAUUAUCCUGUGAGUAUUUCUCACGGGAUCAUUUAUUUCUCUCUUGUUUGAAAUUUAAGUUUUUGUCCAGCUCAGGGUGGGGGGAGACAGUAGAGUAGUUAACCAGUUUAUAAACAAUUAAUAAUAGUAAUAUUUUAAUUUUCAGAGUAAAAUAUUUGAUAAAUUGCAUUUCACAUUCAUCGUUGUUUCUGUUUUUCAUUCUCAGAUGUGUUUAAUUCCUUAUUGAAUUCUUUAUGGUUAUACUGUAAAAACAUUUUAUAUUUACAUCCCAAUAAUAGCGAUCACCAUGUUAUGCAUCUUUCAGUGCAAUGUUCUCCACUUGAGAAUUUAUAGAAAAUUUUAAUAGGUGUCAUGAUAAUGGGGUAAUAGUUUACUCAUACAAACCAUGGGGUCCAUAAUGGAGCUUAGGGCCAGGUAGGGCUGAUAACUUAUAAGUCAACAUAUUGUGGACAGAGUCAGCAUCCUGUGUAACUAAGGACCCAGCAUAAGAUGACCCAUGAUAUCAGGUAGGAACCACCUUGUAAACCUGGGAAGUAUCUGAGGAAAUAUUUCCUUUGCUGUGUUUAAAACAUUCCACCUUCAUUCCAUUUAUCCAAGGUAAUUAGUGUUUAAUUUUGCUACUUUUGUAAUUAAAGCCUUUGCAUUAAUUUAUAAGUGUGAAAUAGAAAAACUUAAUGUUUAUUUACUUAAAAAAAACAGAAUUUAGAAUUUUUGGCUGUAAGGAAUGUCAAGCAACCAUUGUCCAAAAUAUUGAACCAAGAAGAUGCUUCCUUCAGUAAUUCUUCUGUGUAAAUAUUAAUUUUUAAAAAUAAUUUUAGGAAACGCUCAUGCAGCCACUGUUAGUUAUGGAAGAAUGUGAGGUGUGGUAUGAGUAGCAAGAUCCUGUCCACUGUAAUGUUUAGAAGUACAGUAGUAGUCAUUUUAUAUUGUUGGGAUAUAUUAGAAUGCCCCACUGCACUUACCUGUCAAUUACCUUAAUGGAAGAAUAUUGGUAAUGGUUGCUUAGUCAGGGGGUUCGCUUAGAAAGUUCACUCACAAAAUAUUCAUAAAAGACCUUAUGUAGAUUUGAAUUUUAGUGAAAAAUAUUACAGUGUAUUUAAAUCUGAAAUUGUUUAAUAAUUACUCAUUUUAAUGUAAGCAGCAACUGGAAAAUAUUUCUUCUGCUCAGUACAUACAGUAGUUAUUCCAUCAGAGAUUAUUUCAUAUUGCAGGCAUAUAUAAUAAGUGUUUCAUAUAACUCAGUGAAGCAUAUUUUCAUAUUAAGUUGUACAUAGUAUAGUUAAGGGAAGUGCUGCAUAAAGUUGAUCCUGAGAAGCAUCAUGUAUGUCCUAGUGAAUUAGUGAGUAAGACUGCUGAAUGUUGGUGAAAUAGCUAUACUGCAUAGAGUAUAUUUUGUGAUAUGGCAAUAUUAAUGUAGGAUUAAGAAUAUUAUUUUCUUAGUCUAUUACUAUAUUUGCUCUAUUUAUAUUAAAAAAAAUGUAGGUCAGAGGUACUGACUAGAACAGUUGUUUUACUGUUAAAAUUGCCAGUUUGGCUCAGUGUUGUGCAGUGUGGCGCGCUGAAGCAUUUCAUGUAUACAGUACUAUAUGCGCAGUUUCCUCCUCAACAAGGGCUGUGAUAGCAGUUUUUAUUUGGUCUUAUAGAAAGGACAAUAUAUGAAUCUUUUGAGAGAGUGCUUUUCUUUUCAGUUUGUGAUGAGAAUAACUCAAAAACCAGAUAAUAUUGAAAACACUUAAAAUUAUCCUCUAGGGCAAAUGUCUUUUGGCAAGUAAUCAAUAAUAUUAAAUCUAAAAUGAAAAGAAAUCUAAAGAAUUUUUGGGGGAUGGUUAUAUUUUGAAGAAAAAUUCUUAUAUACUGUACAAAGUUUUCAAUGAUUCUCACAUAAAAAGCAGGUUUCUCAAUGUACACUGUACUGUAUAUUAAACGCUCAGUGAUGUAGUACACGUGUGGGAAACAUCACUCCUAAAGCAUAAAAGCAUACAUUCCCUGCCCCAGUAAUUUUCUGAUAGAUUUUUAAAAUUCGUUGAGAAGUACUGUACCUUCAACCAGUAAAUGUGCAAAAUUUCUUUGUAAGACCUAUGCUAAUUUGCAAGUUCUGAUAAAGUUAAUUAUGGAUAGUACAGUACAUCCUUCCUAUUACAUAAACAUUUCUUGUGUACUGUACAGUACUCUAAAGCCUGGGAAUUAAAUAAAAAACAAUUAAGAAAAUGAUGACACAGAGCCAUGCUGUCAUGGCAUUACAACUCUCUCGUGCAGGGGUGAGCCUGUGGUGAUUAUUUUUAAGAAUUUCUGAAGUGCAGGAAUACAUUUUACUUACCCUCCUUAAAUCAGUCUUCCAUGUCAUGAAACAAUGAUUAAUUAUACUGUAUUUCCCAAACUAGAAAACCAUUGUAGUUUAUAACAAGUAUGUCUUUUAGAAUGUGGACACUACAUACUGAGUAUUUUAAGAUUAAUAUACUUAGCAUGUGGAACUGAUCCGUGUAAAAUACACAGGGAAAAUUAAAUGAAAUAUAUUGUCUUACAUAAUUACAGGAAUAUUUUAAUGGUGCAGAAAUAUUUAAAAAAUAUUUGUAUUUAAUAUAUGUUCUAAAAUAAAAUGUACAGGUUACAGUAAUAUAUAUAUGUAUAUACAGUAUAUAUAUAUAUAUAUAUAUAUAUAUAUAUAUAUAUAUAUAUAUAUAUAUAUAUAUAUAUAUAUAUAUAUAUAUAUAUAUAUAUAUAUAUAUAUAUAUAUAUAUAUAUAUAUGUAUACAGUAUAUUAUAUGAAGGGAAAGAGUGGCCAAACUUCUCCUGUCUAAAUUACUCUCUGAAAGAUGUUCAAUUUCUAAGGGAUGGAACUCGAACUCAAGAUUAAGCUCUUCAUUACCCCUGUAGAAAUAUUAAGCUAACAUUUGCUGUUAUUUUUUGUAAUGAUGUUCCUCUGUAUGUGUGUACUGCUACUCCAAUGUGUAUAUAGCUAAAUGAAUGAGAUGUGAACAAGCUAUUUUAAUGAAUCUAUAUUAUAAGGGAGGACACUAUAGGUGGUCUUGAACAGUAUGUAUCAUAUUCUUUGCAUUUGUAACUUAUAUUCUUAUUUGUUUAUACAAAAAUAGAACAUAUACUUUCAUAACAAUGAUAUUUUAGAAAUUCUUGAAUGCAGAUAUAUAUAGUACUUGGUGUUCAGGCAAAAAACACAUUCUCUUUACCCUCAUCUUGUCAUUGUUUUGUGAGCUUGUGUGUUAAGUGUUUAUGAGCUUAGUGCAGAUGGCAGUGUAUACAAAAGAUGACAGCUGAAUUCGAGCAGCACCUGACUGGUUAAUGAUAAUCAAUGAUCGAAAAUACAGUACAGUCAACACCUAUUGUUGAAAGAAGUGAACUAACAGAUUUUCAAUUGCUCAAGUACUUAAUUACCUAAUUAUUAUUAUUUUUAUUUUAUUUUAUUUUUUAAUCAAUCAUACAUGUUAGCACAUCUUACUUUAAACAAGAAUAGAGGUGCUCUUGAACUUAACGACACUGAUUAGUCCCAUAAAGCAAGAAUUACAAAUUUUCUGCCUUCUGUAUAUGUAGCCUUUUGGUUUAUGUUGAUGGUGAUUCGUGAGGUGUGACUAAUGCAGCUGUGGUGAGUGAUGCUGAAGAAAGGAAGAGAUUACACUAUAAUCUAGACUCCUGUUGUUAUCUUCACAAUAUAUCACUCCCCCUCAACACCAUAUACUGUAUACAGUUCGAGCUCCCUUAUUCCAGUCACUUGAGGAAAACCCCAGAAAGUCGACAUUCUGCAGUCGGCAAAGAAGUGUGAGUGAAAAAAUGAAAAGACAAGAGUGCUGGAAUAAGCAAUGCGAGACUGACUCCCAGUGCUUAUGUUUGCUCUAGUCCGUGUGUUUGGUUGUGAGGUUGACUUGUAAAACAGAUAAAUAUAUAGCUAAAAAUUA